AUUAAAUAUAUGAAAGCCCGUAAUGUAAUUAGGAGGCGCGUAGUGCGUGUCUAAAGCAAGCCCACAAUACAUCAUCAAUAACGAUAAACUGAUAAGUGCGGGAAAGGAAACAACAGCAACAACACCGCUAAACAUGGCAAGAUUCUGCCUGCAAUUGAACGCCGGCAUAGCCAGAAAUCUCGCAAUUGCUUCCACUAAAGCUGGCGGCGAACGGAAAAGCAGCAGCACUAAUAUCGAAACAGUCCAACUACCGGAAAAAGUAAAGAGCUCAAGAAUUCUGAUACUAGGUGGUACUGGAAGAGUUGGAGGUUCCACUGCCGUCGCCCUCAACAAAUUCUGCCCUCAUCUUCGCAUCGUAGUUGGUGGUCGAAACAGGGAAAAAGGUGCUGCAACGGUGACAAAAUUAGGCGACAACUCCGAAUUCAUAGAGGUUGACAUCAAUGAUAAUUUGUCACUAGAUAAAGCUUUGAAGGGUGUUGAUCUUGUUGUUCAUACUGCCGGGCCGUUUCAGCAGUCCGAGAAGUGUACUGUGCUUGAAGCUGCAAUUCAGAACAAGGUUGCAUAUCUUGAUGUGUGUGAUGACUCAAGCUACUCACAGCGUGCAAAAUCAUACAUGAACAGAGCGCUGGAUGCAAAUAUUCCAGCAGUAACAACAGGGGGGAUCUACCCUGGAGUGAGCAACAUAAUGGCGGCAGAGCUAGUUCGAGCAAUCAAAAGUGAGGGCAAAGGUGAACCAGAGAGACUGAGGUUCUAUUACUAUACUGCAGGCUCUGGGGGUGCUGGCCCAACAAUAUUAUCGACUAGCUUUCUACUUCUAGGAGAGGAGGUAGUUGCAUAUAACAAAGGAGAUAAAAUUAAACUGAAACCCUAUAGCGGGAUGCUCAACAUUGAUUUUGGACGUGGAAUUGGGAAGAGGGAUGUUUACUUGUUGAAUUUACCUGAGGUCAGAAGCACCCACGAGAUUCUCGGAGUACCAACUGUGAGUGCACGGUUUGGGACUGCACCAUUCUUCUGGAAUUGGGGGAUGGUAGCCAUGACGUACUUACUUCCAGCUGAAACCCUGAGAGACAGAAGUAAAGUUCAACAUCUAGUUGACUUGUUUGACCCUAUAGUCAGAAAAGUUGAUGGAAUUGCUGGAGAGAAAGUGUCAAUGAGGGUUGAUUUGGAUUGUUCAGAUGGAAGGUCUAGAAUAGGAAUAUUCAGCCAUAGAAAACUAUCUGAAUCAGUAGGAACCUCUACAGCUGCAUUUGCCCUGGCAAUUCUGGAAGGAAGCACAAAGCCUGGAGUUUGGUUUCCUGAAGAGCCUGAAGGUAUUGCCGUCGAGGCAAGGGAGGCCCUUCUAGAUCGUGCUUCCCAAGGAACGAUGAAUUUCAUCAUGAACAAGGCUCCCUGGAUGGUUGAGACAAAUCCUAAGGAGAUAGCUUUUGGAAUCUACACUUGAGAAUGUUUUUGCAAAACAGUGAAUACAUUUUUCUGUACUCACAUAGUCACAUGGAAAGACUGGAUUGUGUAGGUAUCAUUCUCGAUUGCCUAUGUAUUAUUCAUCUAUUUCACGUGUAAAAAACUUUGGCAGCA